AUGGCUGCUCUUCUGCUGAGACAUGUUGGCCGUCAUUGCCUCCGUGCCCAUCUUAGUCCUCAGCUCUGUAUCAGAAAUACUGUUCCUCUGGGAACCACAGCCAAAGAAGAGAUGGAGAAGUUUUGGAAUAAGAACACAAGUUUAAACCGUCCUUUAUCUCCCCACAUCACUAUUUACAGUUGGUCUCUUCCCAUGGUGAUGUCCAUUUGCCAUCGCGGCUCUGGUGUCGCCUUGAGUGCAGGAGUCUCUCUUUUUGGCUUGUCUGCACUGUUGAUCCCUGGGAACUUUGAAUCUCAUUUGGAACUCGUGAAGUCCCUGAGUCUGGCUCCAGCACUGAUCUACACAGCUAAGUUUGCACUUGUCUCCCCUCUCAUGUAUCACACCUGGAAUGGAAUACGACACUUGAUGUGGGACCUGGGAAAAGGCCUGAAGAUUCCCCAGCUUUACCAGUCUGGAGUAGCUGUGUUGGUUUUCACUGUGUUAUCCUCUAUAGGGCUGGCAGCUAUGUGA